AUGAAGAUUCAACAAUUGAUAGUAUUUUUGUUUGCGGUAGUAUUAAUCGAUGCAAGAACACCGAAAAGAUAUUCCGAAUUGGAUAUCGUGAUGCUGACUUGUACAACAUUUAUUGGGAAAUAUGGUACUGUGUGUACUUCAACUGGUAAAAGAUCAACUAAUUGGAAUUGUUAUUGUAAAACGGAUGCUGGGUUUGGAACAAUCUCAGAUUGUUUAGUCCGAGGUUUCAAUAACAACACAAAUAUUAUUAGUAAAUUUACAGAAUCCUGUAAUAUGACAGAAUCUAAGUUUCAUGCUAAAUAUGAUAAAAUUCAGGCUGAAUUCAAAACUAAUGGUACUGAAUAUGCUAAGAUGACUACCAAGUCAUCCAGUGGUAGUAAGACUUCUGCUAGUGCAAGUAAAUCCUCCAAGUCAACAGGUCUGUCCAAUGCCUCGAAGUCGUCCACAAAUGCUCAUGGCAGUAAUAGCAGUACUAGCAGUACUAGCAGUAGUAGUUCCAAAAGUGGUAAAGGCAACAGCGGUACAUCCACAACAGAAACUAUAACCACUCCAUUGUUAAUUGAUUAUAAAAAAUUCACUCCUUACAAGGAUGCUUACCAAAUGUCUAAUAAUAAUUUCAAUCUUUCAAUAAACUACGGUUCAGGGUUACUUGGUUAUUGGGCAGGUAUUUUAGCGAUUGCAAUUUUUGCUAACAUGAUUAAAAAAAUGUUCCCUAGUUUGACAAAUUAUUUAUCUGGUUCAAUUUCCAACUUAUUCAGGAAACAUCUUUUCUUACCUGCCACGUUCCGUAAAAAGAAAGCACAAGAAUUUUCUAUUGGAGUUUAUGGAUUUUUUGAUGGCUUGAUUCCAACCAGAUUAGAAACAAUAAUUGUUGUUAUUUUUGUUGUCUUGACGGGUCUCUUCAGUGCCUUACAUAUUCAUCACGUCAAAGAUAAUCCACAAUAUGCUACUAAGAAUGCUGAAUUGGGUCAUUUGAUUGCCGACAGGACUGGUAUUUUAGGAACAUUUUUGAUUCCGUUGUUGAUCUUGUUUGGUGGUCGUAACAACUUCUUACAAUGGCUAACUGGUUGGGAUUUUGCUACUUUUAUCAUGUAUCACAGAUGGAUUUCCCGUGUUGAUGUUUUAUUGAUCAUCGUUCAUGCAAUCACUUUUUCCGUGUCUGACAAAGCCACUGGUAAAUAUAAUACUCGUAUGAAACGUGACUUCAUGAUUUGGGGUACAGUUUCUACAAUAUGUGGAGGAUUUAUUCUUUUUCAGGCCAUGUUAUUUUUCAGAAGAAAAUGUUAUGAAGUCUUCUUUUUGAUCCAUAUUGUUUUGGUUGUUUUCUUUGUUGUUGGGGGAUACUAUCAUUUGGAAAGUCAAGGAUAUGGCGAUUUCAUGUGGGCCGCCAUUGCUGUUUGGGCUUUUGAUCGUGUCGUCAGAUUAGGGAGAAUUUUCUUUUUCGGUGCCAGAAAAGCAACCGUCUCUAUUAAGGGUGACGAUACUUUGAAGAUCGAGGUUCCCAAACCUAAAUAUUGGAAGUCGGUAGCAGGUGGACAUGCUUUUAUUCAUUUCUUGAAACCAACCUUGUUUUUACAAAGUCAUCCAUUUACAUUUACCACCACAGAGUCAAAUGAUAAAAUAGUGUUAUACGCUAAGAUCAAAAAUGGUAUUACUAGUAAUAUUGCUAAAUAUUUGUCACCUUUACCUGGAAAUACAGCUACAAUUAGAGUCUUAGUGGAAGGUCCGUAUGGUGAACCUAGCAGUGCUGGACGUAACUGUAAGAAUGUGGUUUUUGUUGCUGGGGGUAAUGGUAUUCCAGGUAUUUAUUCCGAAUGUGUUGAUUUAGCCAAAAAAUCAAAGAACCAGUCCAUCAAGUUGAUUUGGAUUAUAAGACACUGGAAAUCUUUAAGUUGGUUCACUGAGGAAUUGGAAUACUUGAAAAAAACAAACGUGCAAAGUACCAUUUAUGUUACUCAACCUCAAGAUUGCUCAGGAUUAGAAUGCUUUGAACACGAUGUUAGUUUUGAAAAGAAAUCCGACGAAAAGGACUCCGUAGAAUCAUCUCAAUAUUCACUCAUUUCUAAUAUUAAGCAAGGGUUAUCUCAUGUUGAAUUCAUUGAAGGGCGUCCAGACAUUUCUACGCAAGUUGAACAAGAGGUUAAACAAGCUGAUGGUGCAAUUGGAUUUGUCACAUGUGGACACCCUGCAAUGGUUGAUGAGUUGAGAUUUGCAGUCACCCAGAAUUUGAAUGUAUCAAAACACAGAGUGGAAUAUCACGAACAAUUACAGACAUGGGCAUAA